ACACACAACCAAAGUACAACAUUUAAUGUCAUAUAAUACAAUAUGAAGACCCCUAUUGUGGUUGCACAAUCGUUCAAUUAGCACUACAAUUUCCAAUUACCAACUUUCCAGAACACAUUAAAUAUGACCAACAAUUGCAGACACAAAACUUGAAUUCAUACCUUUUGAAAUUCAAACACAUCGUCAUGCCAGCAGAGAGCUAAGGUCACGUAGGCAUUGUGUUGAUAGCAAGCAUCGUGUACAUUUAGAGAGUAAAGAGACUCACUCGAUCACAAAGUGGUCGUUCAGAGACAUGGAGACAACUACCAAAGACUCACUGAGCCAGGAUCAGUCACUCGCCUCAGGUCUUUGUUUUGAAACAACAUUUAGGUUGAUGUGAAUUCAAGAAGAGACUUGUGUACGCAACCUGAGCAACCAGAUACGGUAAAUUCAUCCUGAACGUUGCGAUGAGGCAACAAUGACGUCGCUGUCAGGACGUCACGCGGUUCCUGUUCUCCGCCACCGUUAUGCAGCAGGAUCAUGGGAGAGGCUCAGUUUAUGCUCGUCGGGGGGGUGAGGGAGCACAGUAAAGCGGAUGUGGGUCACCAUGGGCGUGCCACGGGACUCUUUCACAGCCACGGUCACAUCCAAACAGAGGAACACUAAACUAAAUACUUUAUUUAUUUCACUUUGAGGACAGCAAUAAAAUGAAGUGUCGCUUUUGGAAAUUCUUCAGAAUGUUUUUUAUUAUUUCAAAUUCUGACUUUAUUCUAAUCACUACUAAAGUAAUACGUUACGCGUUUCAUUUCCAGAUCAACGAUUUACAUGGAAUUUUGGAAAGACUUCGGAACAAUCAAUUUCCAGUUAUGCAACAACUCUAUGGUGUAAUAUCUUUUCUGUGUGAUCCAGGAGACCAGGGAGCACCAAGGAAAGGUUCCAGAAUAGGAAAGGUUACGGAAUAGGAAAGGUUACGGAAAGGUUGCAGAAGAAACGACGCGACUGCUCUCUGCCGAGAACAUGCAAUUCUUUUCUACACCGUUGUUUCUGAUUCUCACAAAUU